AUGACUCUCUCGUCCAAUUUCUCACCCGAUCAAAAGGAAGAUGAUGAUGAUAACAAUAAGAAUGUAUUUUCAUAUAGUCGAGUCACUUUCGUCGGUGAUGAGUCACACAUUAAUGAUAUUGAGCUAAAUAAAAAAAAUUUCUGUCAUCACGCUAACAAUAUUUGUUUAUCGAACAGUGCAGAAGAAGCAUGCAUUCAUCUGCCAUCAUCUCCGGAUGAAGAUAACGUAGAAAAGUAUAAGAUGAAUAAUAAGUCAGAUAAUAGAAUGAUGUUUGUAUCAGACAAUAUAAUAUUAGAUACACCGAGACCAUCGAAUUACAUUGAAACAUCAUUAGCUGAAUUACAUGAGAACACCAUGCAUCGAAAAAUAUUAUCAUCAUAUAGCAUUAAAGAUAAUCAUUGUCAUCCGAUUGUAAACGAUACCAUUAAAUAUCAACAGCAACAAAAUGAUGACACUUUACUAACGCAUGUGAAUAGUAGAUACUCUAAUUUAAUUAUUAAGAGUCACUCUGCAGACCAAUUACAGUCUGAUUCAUCAUUGUCGUCUGAUGAUAAUCUGAUAGAAAGAAAUAGUAUAUACAGAUACAAUAAACCUCGUAAACGACACACAACAAAUUCUCGUAGGAAAAAUAAAUUAAUAAAUUUAAAAAUGCAUGAUUAUCCACAAUCAACAAGUGAUGAUGAAAGUUAUUGUCAAAACAAACGUCGAAAUAACAAACAACAUUUAUCAGAAAUGGAUUUUGGUGAAUUUAUGCUAGAAUAUCAGAAUAAUGGAAUAAAAAAAUCAUUUGAAAUUCCCCAAGCCAAUCGUAGUGGUACUAAAUCUUUAUCAAAUAGUAGGAAACAAGAAUGUUAUGUGACACCGACCAAACAAGGACAAUUUUUGUUGAUAAAUCAUCCAACUACUAACUCAAAUGAUGAGCGAGAAAAUGAUCAACAAUAUCCAGCUAUUGUUCAGAAUCAAACAUCUCUCAAAAGUUGUAUAAGAGACGAUAUUGUGGGUAUGUCUUCGAUAAAAAAGUUACAAGCAUGUUUUAUUCCAAAGCCACAACCCGAAUUAGAAAAGAAACCAACACUACAGUCGUUAAAAUCAGCUCAAAUUCAAGGUUUAAAUAACAAUAAGUUUGUGAAUAAUAACAACAUGUCAACGACAAUGCCAACGACAAUGUCAUCUGCUAAUCUCAUGUCAUCAAACUUAAACAAAGAUAUAGUACUUGAUACUCUUGAUAUUCUUCAGCCAAUUAAUGACCUCUCUUCCUCUUCUUCUUCAUCUUCACCGUUACAAACAUUAUUUGAUAUUGCUCGUAUAAAAACUAUUGAUCGUUUAUCAAAAAUCGAUUCUAUACGAACGUACAUCGAACAACAAUUAGGUGUAACAGCUUUUCUUACCCUAUAUAAAUUAUUAAAAUCACAACAUCCAAUUGAUAUGAAACAAAAACCAUUUUGCCAUUAUAUUUCAUAUAUUCCACAUUUAUGUGCAUUGAUCGUAUUAGAAAGUGAACAAAUAAGAAAAAAAUUAAAAUAA